AUGGCUGAAUUUGCUGAGGGAACCGAGGACUUCUACCCCAACUGCUUCUCGGACGCCAACCUGAUGGGCUACAGUGGCUUAGAAGAACAAAGUCUGGACCAUACCAUAGCUCCAAUGCAACAGGGGGAUUUCCACCGGACCCACAUAAAAGAGGAGGCCCAGUCGCCUGUUCAGGCUUCGCUAGCCAAAAAGUGUAACAAGCGGAAUAAGUCGGGCAAAGUCUCACUUUCUGGUGGCGCGGAGAUAAUGUCCCAUCGUAGGAAGAGGACCGCGUACGCCAAGAACCAGCUGGAUAUUCUGGAGGAAUUCUUUGAAACCAACAUGUACCCGAAUAUUCACCAUCGAGAAGCCCUGGCAAAGCUCAUUUGUAUUCCUGAGUCCAGGAUACAGGUCUGGUUCCAGAACAGAAGAGCAAAAGCCAGACGGGAGGGAGUGAAAUUUACAAAGACCCCUGUUGGGGGACAUUAUUACCCCAGUUUUCCAAGUUCCAACAAGAAUGCCUACCCUAAGGCACCGGAAUCGGCGCUAGAUCGUUCAGUUGCUCAGGAUGACCACAGAGCCUUCCAUCCUUCACAACAAUGCGAAGUCCUCAGAGGAUCCCAGCAAGAUCAGCUUCACGGUUCUAGAUCCAUGACCUACCCUGGUUACUCCCUGAGGGUUCCCACACAGAAUCACGUUAUGUACCAAGCAUCGCCCAACGACUAUCAGCUGAACGUGGCGUCCAUGGGGUUCCAGCAGCACUUAUAUAGAGAUACCCUCAGCAGAAAGCGAGUCCAGGGUCCCCGGCAGUCAAACUUCAUGGUAGACUCAAUCCCACCCAACGCGUCUAUCUCACAAGAGAUGAACAUGACCACCGUGCCAACCGCAGGUCCAACGACCCAUGAAGGGCUGCACCCCUUCACUACUCAAGGCUGGUUCCACGCGGCCCCCGUGCAGUACGACCCCCACAACCCGCAUUCUCCCAUCUCCGAUUCCGGCAUCAGCGUCACCUCCACAGACUCCGAACGGAUGGGAAUGGAGUUCGCUUUUUUCACCCCGCACUCCGUAUGGUAG